AUGGCCCAACCAAGUCGCUCCGAGCCCUCGAACCCGUCGACCAGCGCUCUCCCCACCAUGUUUCGGCCGCCUGUGAACCGUGCCAUGCGAGCGCUGGACCGAUCGUUUUUCAAGAAGACGCUACCGCUCUCCGCUGCGACGGUGUUCAAGAACUCGGAUAUCUCGAAGGUGCGCGGGACGCUGAACAAGAGCCAGGACUUGCUGGAGGCGCCGAGAUUGAACAUUAUCCGGGAGGUGAAAGUCGACGACGCUGUGAAGAAGUGUCUGUUGCUGAAGGAUGGGGUGAAGCAUGAUGAUGCUGCGACUUGGUCGCCGACACUGAGUGAGCUUGUGGAAAAGGGGACGGUUGCUAUGAGAGGUUAUGAUUUGACCUUGGAGUAUGAUUAUUGGGCGUAUGCGGAUAUCAUGGAUGCCAUCAUACCGGAAGAUUUGCUGGCGGAAUUCCCGCAAGGAUAUACGCAAGUUGGUCAUGUUGGUAUGUCACUCUGA